AUGACGUUCCCCGUCAAGAUGGCAGUCACGACCGCGACCGGACUUUUCCAAGGCACGGCGGCGGCAACCGUGGCCGAGAACGGACCAUUCACGGACGUGGUGGCAGCUGCCAUUCCCGUGACCGGGCCAUUUGCGUGCACAAUGGCAGCUGUUCGUGACCGGACCAUUGUGGAGGAUAUGUCGUCGACUCGCCGCUUUGUAGGGGAAACUCCAGUGGCUGCUGAAAUUGCUGUCCAGAUGCUUCUCAUUCCUGUCAGAGUUGUCGUUGUGAUGUUCAAAAUCAAAUCAAUCACUCCUGUGGCUUUGGAAAAGUUGACCCUGUCGCUGUUUCUGGGGAAAUCUUUUCGCCUCAAGGGGCCCGGCCGCUGA